AUGGCAAAAACACCAAUCUCUCUUCUUCUCUUAAGACGCCUAACGCUCACUUCCCAAAACCCUAAACCCUCACCAGUCUCUCUCCUCCUCUUCAACAACUUUUACCUUAAACCCUACUCAACCACCACAACUGCUAUCCCGACUGAGCAACCAAAACCCAGCUCUCUCUCAGCUCGAAUGAGCUUUGUCUUUGAUCAAAUUGAUGCCAUUGAACGUGAACGUUCUGAAAAACACCAAACCCUUCAAAAAAUCCGUGCUUGGCGCCAAUCCAAAGACACCCCACUACAAGAACAGCAAGAGCAAAACCCAGAAACCGUUACUACCCAAAGCCCAGAACUUGUUGGGACUCAAAGCCCAGAAAUUAUUCACUCUCAAAAUGAAAAAUUGGAAUUUCGGGCAACGGCUAGUGGUGAUUUGGUUGAUUUUGAAGAGUCUGAUUUGAUAGAGUUGAAGAGGAAGGAAGUGGAGUUGGUGCAUCCAUGGCCAGAGUGGAUAAAUUUGAUGGAGAGAUUGGUGCAACAGAAUUACUUUGAUCAUAGAAGGAAAGUUGCGGACAAUACGGUAGAAAGUUUGGGGCUUGAUGUUUCUGGGGUUGGGAAUGAUAGUGACGGUGAUGGUGUUGCGAUUGAUUUUAAUGAUUUCAGGACUGUACAGACUGCUUGUGUUAACUUUGGCAAAGAUCGGUUUGAUAUCUUCAGGUCAUUGUCGAGACAGGAUAUUCAAAUUUUGGUAGGUUAUGGAUGCCCAAGUGUGGACAAGAAGGUUGUUUUCUCUUCAAAGCUUUUGAGGAAGCAUGUCCACCUUGAUGAAGGGGAUGUCUGUAGUAACUGCAGUUUGAGGACCUCAUGUGAAAGAGGAUAUCUACUAACAAAUAAAGAGGAUGAGGCACGGACUAUUGAUCUUAUGAGAGUUCUUUUAGCUUAUGUUGGCUGCAGUUCCAAUAGAUCCAAAUCUCCCCCUCCUGUGAUUAAAAGGACUCCACCAAAAGUGAAGCAACCUCCUCCUACACCCAAGAAACGAGUCGGACGUGAUGACAUUGAGAUGAAAAAGGGGGAUUGGCUGUGUCCCAAGUGUGACUUCAUGAAUUUUGCCAAGAAUGCAGUGUGCUUACAAUGUGAUGCGAAGCGGCCCAAGAGACAGUUGCUUCCAGGAGAAUGGGAAUGCCCAGAGUGUAACUUCUUAAAUUAUAGGAGAAACUUGGCAUGUUUCCAUUGUGAUUGCAAGCGUCCCCCUGAUGCAUUUAUGGAAAAUAAAAUGGAAGAAAGGCAGUAUGGUAGCAGAACAAGGUCGGAGAAGAUUGUCAGCCGCUCAGAAGUUUCUAAUGCCUGGAAUUUUGACUUUGAUGACAAUGAAUCAGAUGGGGCAGAUGUCGCUGCUUUUGAGUAUGCAGAUUCUGCAGCAAGGGUUGAGGACUCACCUCUGGAGAGUCAAGCUCAGGAAGGAAAUUUUGGAUGGAAUGCAGACGGUUUCAAUGGAGCCAGAAGAAUUUCAAGGGUUCAUGAAACAGAAUAUUCUGAUCCCGAGCGUGAAGGAUUUGGAAGGGGGUUUGAUGAUUUUGAUGAUGAAGAUGAUAUUGACAGUUACGAACUAGAUACCCAAAAUGAUAAACCUGCAUGGAAGGCUUCUCGAAACAAUUUUUCUGAUCAAGGGAUUUCUGAAUUGGAAGAAGGUGGAGGUUCUGAUGACAAUUUGGGCACCCGACUCAGGACCAGUCCUGUUAAGCCAUCAAAGCCCAAGCGUCAAAGAGCAGCUUUCUCUGGCUCUGAUGAGGACGAACUGGAUAUCGAUUCAGAUGAAGAGCACUCAGUUCAUCCGAAAUGGAAAUCAAGUCAUGUUGCUGAUGUUAGACACAAAAAUAGAGGUAGAGGUCCAGCACGUCCUUCCAAGAGAUUAAGUUUUGGGUCAGAUGAAGAAGUUGAGCUUGAUUCUGAUAUGGAUGAUGAUUUUGGCUCCAGCCAGAGGAAACAGAGCAGAAAGGGUUCUGGUAGAAGGAAUUUUGAGAGAAAUUAUGAUAGGGAAGAUGCUUCCUUUUGUGGUUCAGAAUCUGAUGGAAAUGAUUGGCGUCCUUGGAGAAAUAGGUCGGGAGGUAAUAAAAUGGAAUCUGGUGGAAGAGGUAACAAUUUUAGGGGUCGUGAUUCUGACUUUGUGAGAGACAGUGAGAUGAGAUUGAAGGGCAAGAUGGGUGAUAGAAGAAAGUCUUGGGGUGAUGAUUUUGAUAGACCAUCGCCUGAUCCCCAUGGUAAAAAUAGAGGAUUUAGAGGCAAUAACCAUUCUGGGUGGAAAAUGAAUGAUGCAGGUGGUGAUAGAAGGAAGUCUUGGAGUGAUGAUUUUGAUAGAUCAUCACCUGUUCCCCAUGGUAAAAAUAGAGGAUUUAGAGGCAAUGACCAUUCUGGGUGGAAAAUGAAUGAUGCUGGUGGUGAUUCACGGAGUUUUAAUGGACCAAAACGAGAAAGAUUUGGAAAACGGCAAGGAGGAAGGUCGCGUGAAAACAAUAUGGACAUGGAUCCUGGUGGAUUUAGAAAUAGUCGACGUGUUAUUGAAAGGUAA